UAUCGUAAUCAUACAAUUGUAUUAUGCUACUAUUGAAAAAUUAUUUUUUCAGAUAUCACUUAUUAAAUCUAAAAUGCAGGUAUCAAAAUUAAUCAUAGCAGAUAAUCAAUCUAAAUUCGAAUAGUUUCAAAUUUGUUCAGUAUUAAAAUCAGUGAGAGAAAAUAUAUAUAUCUGAAACAUUUCUAUUAGCAGUUGAUAAAAUUUCGCAACUUGCACUUAUUUAUCGCUAUUUCAUGCGUCAAAAUGCAGUCAUCACAUUCUUUUCCUUUUAAAACGAACAAAAAAUAUAAUUUUUCAGUGAAUUUUUAUAGUAAAAAGACAGAAAUGUCCGGAAUAUGCUAAUGUUACGACAUUUAAAAUUUCAUAACAUAUUCCACUUACAUGUAUUAUAAAAAUACAUCUCCUUCAAUACAAAAUCACAACUAUACAGCUUACAGUCGUAUAUCGUUUGAAAAACAGUAAUACCAAACUUUCGAACACUUAUGCGUAAUUGCAGCUUUCCAUCUCCUCUGUUUACCUUGCGGAACUGGCUACUAGUUGUUGUAAAUAUUCCAUGCUAUAGUUCCAGACGCGCCUUUUUUUCAGUCAUAUUGAUCGAUUUCCAAGUGUAGCUGCAAAUAAUAGUAGAGUUGCAGAUGCACGCACGCAAUAUCACGAGCUUAAGCUCAGCGACAUACAAUCAAUACACUUGAACUGUGGUAAACAGUCGUUCUCGAUCCGCCCGCGAAUAUGCAUCUUUCCGUUCGACAACCACGGAAUACAAACUACGAGGAAGACAUCGUUUACGUGACGAAACACAACAAAUGGGUUCUGAGUACCAUCGGCAUGUGGCCCACUGUAGUAAAAGGAAUCAGAAAAUUUGUACCAAAAAUUAUAAUAGGUCUGAGUAAUUUCGUAUCGUCUUUGAACGUACUGCAAUUUAUACUACACAUUAUACUGGAAGAGAAGAACCCUACAUUAAAAGUGAGAUUCUUAGGCUUGAUUUGUUUUGCUUCAACCAAUCUGAUGAAGUAUUGGGCUCUGAUAGCGCGCAAAUCGAAUAUCGAAUACUGUAUCGAACAGGUGCAGAUAGAUUGGAAGCAAGUAGAUUUCCAAAGAAAUCGCAUACUGAUGUUAAAAUACGGAAAGAUGGGACGAGAUCUGACCAUAUACAGUGCCGUGUUCAUGUAUGGCUCUGAAAUGUUGUACAUUACAAUCAUGCAAUAUGCAUUGGGAUCAAUGCUGAAGGAAAAUAAUCGUACAACCAGAGUGCUAGUAUACCCUACCUAUAGUGGAUUGCUCGACGUCCAAAGAAGUCCCAUCUACGAAAUCGUGUACGUUCUCCAAUGCUUGUGCACACUUUUGUUCAACUCCGUGACAGUUUCGUGUUGUGGAUUGGCUGCGCUUUUUGCAACACACGCCUGUGGACAGAUUGAUAUCGUUAUGUCUCAAUUAGAUGACCUGGUCGAUGGAAAAUUCGCCGAGAAAAAUUCUAGUCCGAACACUCGACUGACGGAAAUCGUAAAACAUCAUAUAAAAAUUUUAAAAUUUUCUACUAUGAUUGAGACGGUUCUGCAGGAAGUGUGCUUUUUCGAAUUCGUUGGUACCACGUUGGUAGUAUGCUUCCUCGAAUAUUAUUGUCUAACGGAUUGGCAAAGCAAUAAUAAAAUUGGUGUGGCAACAUACUCGAUGCUACUGGUAUCCUUGACGUUCAAUAUGUUCUUGUUAUGCUACAUUGGUAAUCUUCUACUUGAAAAGAGUUCUGACAUCGGAAUAUCUUGCUAUAUGAUUGACUGGUACCGCUUACCACCUAAAACAGUUCAAGAUCUUAUGUUGAUCAUCGCUAUGUCGAACACUCCAGUGAAAAUUAGCGCCGGCAGAAUAUUUCUUUUAUCCUUGCCUACUUUCGGAAAUAUUCUAAAAACAUCAUUCGCGUACUUAAACUUCGUUCGGAAUGCCACUAUGUAAUGAUUUAAUAAUUAUUCCGUUAUUUUCGUAUAUUCACUUAUGGAAUAGUAAAUAAAGAAAUAUAUUGUAAAAAUGUUUGUUGCUA